CCGCGGCGCUCCGGAGCGGCUCCUGCCAGGCGCUUCCCAGCCCCACUCGCCUCUCCUCCUCCUCCUCCUCUCCUCCUCCUCGGGCUUCGCGACGCCGCCCGGGGCUCCCAGACACGCGUCCGCCCGCAUCCCGACGUGCGCCAGAGGACCCGGCGGCCCUUCUGCCUCCUCGGAAGCCCUCGGUGCCUCUCCCUGGCCGCCCAGCCCAGCCCCGCCGUCCCUCCGGAGCGCCUUUUGUCUGGGCGGGGGGCUUGGAGUAGAGCCGCGGGCGCUGAAUGGGGGCUCCGCGAGGCUCCGGGGGCGGCCGGGGUUAGAGACCCCUCCUCUCUCCCCCUCCUCCUCUCCUCCGUCGGCUCUGACCCCCCCUCUCCCUCUCUCUCGCCCCCCCCACGCCUGCUUGGCCCGGGGAGGGGUCGCCAUGGAUUGCACGAGCGGCUGCGGGGGCGGCAGCGACCCCCGGCCGCUGGAGGAGAGCAAGCAGCCCUUGCUGGGUGAGGCGCCCGAAGGGACCAAGCCCGGAGCCGCCCCGUGCCGGCGAGGCGUCCACUGCAGCGGCAUGCGCUACAAGCUGCUCCAGGAAGGGGACAUUCAGGUGUGCGUCGUGCGGCACCCCAGGACUUUCCUCAGCAAGAUCCUCACCUCCAAAUUCCUGCGCCGGUGGGAGCCGCAUCACCUGGCCCUCAACGAGCACAGCCUGGCCUCGGCCACGCCAACUGGGUACAUGGAAAGCUCCAUUUCCUACAGUUCGAUCGAAGAUAUUCAGUUGCUCUCUUGGGAAAAUGCCCCAAAGUAUUGUUUACAGCUCACAAUUCCCGGAGGAACAGUUCUGCUCCAGGCUGCAAACAGUUACCUGAGAGACCAGUGGUUCCAUUCCUUGCAGUGGAAGAAAAAGAUCUACAAGUACAAGAAAGUGCUGAGUAAUCCAAGCCGCUUAGAGGUGGUCCUGAAAGAAAUCCGGAGUUUGGUGGACAUGGCGCUAACUUCCCCUUUGCAGGAUGAAUCCAUCCAUCAAGCUCCUUUAGAAAUUGUUUCCAAGUUGCUUUCAGAGGCGACCAAUCUAACUGCUCAAGAGCAUGAAAAUAUUAUUGUGGCACUUGCUCCUUUGCUGGAAAACAACCAUCCACCACCUGACUUGUGUGAAUUCUUUUGCAAGCAUUGCCGAGAACGCCCCCGGUCUAUGGUGGUCAUAGAAGUCUUCACUCCAGUGGUACAAAGAAUCCUAAAACAUAACAUGGAUUUUGGUAAAUGUCCUCGGUUGCGGCUCUUUACUCAGGAGUAUAUUCUGGCCUUGAAUGAACUGAAUGCAGGCAUGGAAGUGGUAAAGAAAUUUAUCCACAGUAUGCACGGCCCGACCGGCCAGUGUCCACACCCACGGGUCCUUCCGAAUCUUGUUGCCGUCUGCCUAGCAGCCAUUUAUUCCUGCUACGAAGAAUUCAUCAACAGCCGGGACAACUCUCCAAGCCUGAAGGAAAUUCGGAAUGGCUGCCAGCAGCCCUGCGACCGCAAGCCCAACCUGCCUCUCCGUCUUCUCCACACCAGCCCUGACCUGAUGUCCCGGGAGGCUACACUGGCUGAAUCCCGCCUCAAGUCCGUCAUCGUCACGUCCAACGAGAUCCACGUUGAGGUUGAACGCAACAACAUGGCUAACCAGAAGAUGACCGCCAGCAUCGGCAACGACAGCGAGCCCAACCUGAUUGACUGUUUGAUGGUCAGCCCCACCUGCAGUAGCAUUAGCAUCGAACUCAGCGCUCAAGCAGACCGUAUCCUUGGCUGCUUUGUGGAAAUACUCAAGAUGCUAUCAGAUUACGAAGAUUGGAGACCAGCUCUGGCCAGUUUGCUCCAGCCCAUCCCAUUCCCCAAAGAGGCUCUGGCACACGAGAAGUUCACAAAGGAGCUGAAGUACGUCAUUCAAAGAUUCGCGGAAGACCCAAGACAAGAAGUCCAUUCCUGUUUGCUGAGUGUGAGGGCCGGCAAGGAUGGCUGGUUCCAACUCUACAGCCCCGGUGGCGUGGCAUGUGAUGAUGAUGGGGAACUGUUUGCCAGUAUGGUUCACAUUUUAAUGGGCUCCUGCUACAAGACAAAAAAGUUUCUGCUUUCCUUGGCUGAGAACAAACUGGGCCCCUGCAUGUUGCUGGCACUGAGAGGCAACCAAACCAUGGUGGAGAUCCUUUGCCUGAUGCUGGAGUACAACAUCAUUGAGAACAAGGACACGCAGCUUCAGAUCAUCUCAACCCUCGAGAGUACUGAUGUGGGGAAGAAAAUGUACGAGCAGCUUUGCGACCGACAGAGGGAACUCAAAGAGCUGCAAAGGAAAGGCGGCCCCACCAGGCUAACACUGCCAUCAAAAUCCACGGAUGCGGACCUGGCUCGUCUCUUAAGCUCGGGCUCUUUUGGGAAUUUGGAGAACCUCAGCCUGGCCUUCACCAACGUCACAAGUGCCUGUGCAGAGUAUCUAAUUAAACUGCCUUCACUCAAGCAGCUGAACCUGUGGUCCACUCAGUUUGGGGAUGCAGGUUUGCGGCUCCUCUCUGAACACCUCACAAUGCUUCAAGUGCUCAACUUGUGUGAAACGCCAGUUACCGAUGCUGGACUGCUGGCCCUGAGCUCCAUGAAAAGCCUCUGUAGUUUAAACAUGAACAGCACCAAGCUCUCAGCAGACACCUACGAAGACCUCAAGGCUAAACUGCCCAAUUUGAAGGAAGUGGACGUUCGCUACACUGAAGCUUGGUGAAAAAAACAAAAAAACCCUCGUGGCGCAUUUGUAGAAUUUUUUUCUUUUGGACGGGGAGAGAAGAGAAUGAUUUCUAAACCAUUAAAAAAGAAGAAGAAGAAGAAGAAGAGGAGGAGAACUUAGACUUUUGGCGUUUGCCUGUAGAGAGCAGGUUCUGAGGACAUCCAUAUUUUUAGGUGCUCCGUGUGUGAAGUAGUGAAGUAUGAUUUUUUUUUUCCUCCCCCGAGUUGGAUAUUCACACACCAGACCUAAUUCUUUCAGCUUCGUACUCUCGAAUUCAACAUCUUUUAAAUUAAGGGGUGGGAAGUAAAGAAGGCAAGACUGAAUAGCCUGAAGAAGAUUUGGGAAGGGGUGGGUGGGUUUGGGGGGGGGGGACGGGGCGGUUUGCUCUUGGUUCUGGUUUGCUCUUUUUUUUUUGUACUUUUUUUAAACUGUGUGUCAAGGUUCCCCCCCCCCUCCCUUUUUUUUUUACACAAGAAUAUACACCGGAUUUUUCAGUUUCCUUUUAACCUUGGCCUUUUCCGUAGAUGCUUUCCCAUUUCUUCUGUUCUUCAGCGAGAAAUAGAAAGGAAAAAAAUGAAGAAGAAAAGAAGAAUGUAGGCGAAAAUCAAGAGCAGAAGCGUUCGCAGCAGCUCAUACAAUUUUCUUUUCUUCCCUCGUUCAUUCGUUCGUUCGUUCCUUUCAAUCAUUAUGCAAAGUGAUGUUCUUGUAUAUACAAUUUACAUAAUACGCCUAUUUAAAAAGAAAAAAAAGAAAAAAGGAAGAAAGUUCAGAAAAAAAACAGGUCUGGGACCUGUCUUUUAUUUAUGAAUUGUUAAUCCAUUGUUUGUUUCAUUUUUGUUUUGUUUUGUUUCGUUUCGCGUAGAAUACCGUAUAAACAACUUUGGCGUCUUUUGGUGGUUGUUGUUGCUCUCAGAAAGACAGAACAAAAGAGAAUUCCUCUCCUGUAAUAUAUAAACCCUUGGUCCAGCCCAUCUUAACUUUUUUUGGUUUAUAUACGCCUCGAAUUUAUUCAACCAGGUGAAAAGAAUAUACUUGCAUAGACCUGGUAAUGUGUGUGUGUGUGUGUGUAUGUGUGUAGACACACACACACACUCAAACACAUGCAUACACACGAGCAGAACACUGGGUUGGCUGUUGGGAAUAAUUUUUUGAAUUCCUAAAGCCGCAUUUUCAGAUUAUGCUAGGUGUAGAAAGGAGGGGCAAGCGAAACACUUCCAUUUAUGUAUGUGAUUGUUUCUAAGGUUAGAGAAAAUGCUUAAGUUUUUAUCUAGGAGUGAAGAUCGAACGGUCAGCCAUUUGGAUUAGGAUUUCUCAAGCUCUGAUUUCUGUUUUAUGUCCAAAAUUUCACCUUUCCAUGCAUCCCCUUUUAGGGAGAUGUUUCCCACUGGUUCUCUCCCCCCCCCCCCCCAAGAUUGGCUCAUGUUCACCCUCCUCAGCAUGGAGACCCUUCUGCCAUAUUGGUCUUAGAGCUGAACAUCAGCCCCAUGGAAAAUUCUGGAAACUGCUAGGCCUAUUGGGCUACAGGGAGAAGAAGGUUGGUUCAGAAUCAAUGUGGCCCCUUGAGGUCCGGAGAUGGACACUGAAUUGUCUUUCCUGUAUUCAGUUUCUCAGAGCCUAUUUGGUCUCGUGGUCAAGGAACCAGGCUAGAGACUAGAAGGCAGUGAAUUCUAGUUCCAUCUCGGAUAUGAAAGCCGGCUGGGUGACUUUGGGCUAGUCUCUCUCUCUCAGCUCAGCCCACAAGGAAAACGAGGAGGAGGAAGGAGUAUUAAAUACGUUUGCCGGAUUAAGCGAGGAUGAAAAUCUAAUAAAUAAAUCCCCCUGAAAGUAUGACCACUAUCUUACUUUUCUUCACCCUCUUUUGCAAUGACUCAGAUCUGUGAUAACAGAGGAUUUUUUAAAAAGUGGUUUCUUUUAUAAAUAUGCUUUUGGGUUUGUUUUUUCCACGCUUUCUUUCAAUGGAACAGCUGUUUCAUCCUUGUUUUUUUCUAAAAAAAAAAACAAAUAACAAGGCAAAAGUUUUGUCUUAUAUUCCUUUUCAAUGUUACGCAGGUAAAUAUAAAUAUUCAGGUUCUUUUAGCGAUGUAAGAGAUUUUUAAAAAACCAGGUAUGCAUAUAAAUACACACGCACGUUCGCGUACAUUUAAAAAAACCCUUUGUUUUCUUAUUUUCUUUAAUGUGGUUGGAUAGUUUAUUCACAUUUUGAAUCCCUUGGUUUUCUGAACUCUCUUGUUGACAUGGUUUUUAUAAAAACCCCACUAUUGGUUCAAGUCUUAAUCCAUAUGUUGUGCCACAAAAUGUUGCAGGGGUUCGUUCAUUGUAUUUUUUACCGGAGAGGACGAUAACAGGUAUGUUUCAAAGAGUGAAGAUUGUGCCCCCCUUGUUUUAAAUGGGUCCCAAGCACCUUUAUAUAUUAAAAAAAAGGCUCAGUGGUUCAAUCGUGCAGCCAUCUUGAUUCCUUUUUUUCUUUUUUUAAAAACACAGACGCAAUCCCACAAUUGUUCCUGUUUCUGCCUUAGAUCCCUUAAACGAUAAAACUCAGUGAGGGGAAGAAAGAGAGAAAAGUAAUGCCAACAUUUUAUCCUUAGCUGCUUUUACUGAUGGAUUACUACUACUGUUCUGUAGCCAUGUUUAACAGAGAAAAAGUUAAAAAAAAAACAUGUGGAAUAAAUUUCAGGCGACAAAAAUAAAUAAACUGUAACUGAAUAUC